AUGCCGCCGGAGCGAGAUGCUUUCGGCUCAGCGGCUCACAGACCGACGUCUCUGGACUUCAUCAACCUCCCGAAUCCCAUCGAGCCGGACUCUCAUAGCGGAUCGCAAAAGCACCCCUUGAACAGGACGCCACGUCUAGACAAGGCACGACUGGAGAAGGCAUCGACUCAAGACUUCUUCAACCUGUUCCACGAGCCGUCUGCCGAGAGACCGACCAAGAGAUCAAAGCCAAGUGAUAGUCCGAUUGAACUGGACCUGCCCAAGCUCCCGGUGAAGAAUGCGGUCAAACGGCAGCGACUCCCGCCAACGCUCUCGGGCCUUCAUCAACCACCGCCAGAUGCCGGUAUCCUCCCAUCCAUCAAUGUUGAGAAGCCCCACACACCACCAAGAAGGAAUGUUGAGCCUGCUGCAACAGAGCCUGACGCCCGAGCUCGUGCCAAGCCAGCUGCUCCUGUGCCUCAGGCAGCAAGUGCCGAGACUUCCAGCUCAGCUACAGCCACAGCUACAGCUACAGCGACUGGGGAGUCUGCCAAGACCCGACAGAAGCGCACGGGGCGGAACAAAUGGAGCGAUGAGGAGACUGAAUAUCUUCUGAAGGGCUGCUCCCGGUUUGGAGUCGGUAGCUGGACCAAAAUCCUCAACUGCUCUGAUUACGAAUUUUCCAAUCGCACUGCUCUGGACCUGAAGGACAGGUUUCGUGUUGUCUGUCCAGAUCACUACAAGUCUGCCAAGCGCUCCAAAGCCAACAAGAACUCUCAAGAUGAUGAUAGCGAUGCAGAGAAUCGACUUCCUUCCAGGACGAAGCCUUCAAAGGGUCCUCCUGCCGAGCGGCUGUUGCCCGGCAAGCUGAAGGAAAUGGGCUUCAGCGAGCCGUUUGCGAAGACCACCAGACGCUCGCGACAUGGCUACACGAAAGCUGAGGAUGAUGCUCUACUGGUAGGCUUCAGAAAGCAUGGCGCAUCCUGGGCCUCCAUCCAGCAAGACGAGGAGCUUGGCCUCUCGACUCGAACCGCCACCGACUUGAGAGAUCGUCUUCGUAUCAAGUUUCCCGAAGAGUAUGCCAAAGCGGGGCUGGUCCCGCGCAAGGGGAAAGUGGCUGCCGGCUCUAAACGAUCCACGGAAGGGCUGUCAGAUGCGGAAACGGGUUCAGAUGGUGGUGCAAGCCAGAAUGCAGCGAAAUCUGCAGCAGCUGUGCCUACUCCACAAAGCACCACCGUCAUGUCAAGCAACGCGAACAAAGAAGAUGAUUCCCAGGCAAAGACAUCUGGCGCAAGGAAGCCAUCUCUGUUCUCGCUCGACGAUGUCUUCCUGGGUAACCUCUACGGCGCUGAUGAUGACGCUGAGCCAGAGUCCAUCACGCUCGACAGAGGCAUUUUGGAUUGGGCUGGCGCAGAUAAUGCUCGGACUGCGGCUGCGCAUGAGCCGUCAAAGAACAGUGGUAUCGAUCCCUUGAUGACACUGAAGCUGCCGAAACCCAUAUCUAGCCUACCGACGCCCGCGCCCGGCUUUCCGCAUUCUCUUCCGACAAACAACAAUGCCUCGCUGCCUUCGUUGUCGAAUCUAUUACCUGAUCAAACCAACUCGGAGCAGCUUGAACUACCUUCACUCAUGCAAUGGAUUGACGGUAAAAACGGCGGAAUCUCGAUACCCACAUUCGAUGAGCUAUUUGGUCAGUGA